UCCCAAUAACAUUCGAUUAGAAUAUCAUAGAGAAUGCAUUUUACUAUAAAACACUGCGAGCUUAAAAGCUUUUUUUCGUGAUUCAUUUGUGAAAAAAAUCGCAGAUUUAAGUGUGCCGAUUGCCAGCUGUUGGCGUCAUUGUUAGGUUAGGACAAGUCUAAAGUUAGCUUGAAGAGAUUGUAGGCUGUAUCGCCAGGGGUUAAAAGAGAGGGGAGGGGAUGAGUAGAAGCACAGUUGCAAUGCGGAGGUUUGGUUUCUCGUGUAAAUUGUCAAACGAUAUGAGUGGAUCGCGCGAAGGAUUGACAGUGUAUCGAGGGAUUUCGAAUGGAAAUAUGUGAUUGUUAGAGAUUUCGUUCAACAGCCGCUGACAAACGGCUGUAAUUUCAAGAUACGACAGAGAUACGGGAAAGGAAGCGAAAAACUCCGUCCGUAGCACGAAGCCGAUGAUCAGCCAGUCGCUUUUGGAAACUUCCAAUGUUAAAGAUCGCGCGCAUCACGAAGACCGCUCGCGAGCCAUGCAAUAUCGUUUGCGGACGGCUUCGUGAAAAACGCGCUUCAUCGUUAACCAAGUAAAUCCCUCGCGUUCGCGGAAUUCUGUGACGUCACGCGUCGCGGCUGUGCGCGAUCAAGUCAAGGCCGUGCGAAUCCAUUCGUCGAUGGACUCGGAGGAAGAGCGGCGCGUGUUAACGAUGCUGUUCGUUUAACGCAUCUCUACUUGUCAUGAGGAAAGAUAUGUCUACAAAGAGAGAAAAUAUUUGCGAUGCAUAAAAAGAAAUACUCAGUUCUCCUAAGCUUCAGUUUAUCAGCGAUGUAAUUUCUUCGUUGUGAAUCGCUUUCCUCUGUGGAUCUCGUAACUUGCCAAGAACCUAAUGACGUACUGAUUUGGCACUGUACACGAAAUGACAGAGAGCAUACGAUGUUAAUUAUGUCAUGUAAUUAGAUGAUCAUUGAGAUCCUUCUAAUAUACUGUAAAAUAUAUACAUCAAAAUCUAAAUACUAUUGAACAAAUUUUAGAAGGACGCAACAGAAAAAAUGUAUUGGCUUGAGCUUUGCACUGCCAUAAUGAAGUUCAAACAUUGAUAUAAUUAAUUGCCAGAAAGCUAAAAAUCAUGUCAUGAUCUUAUAAAUGUAAUUAAAAAUAAGAAAGCACAUGACAACAGAGUGAUUUAUUGCAUCUUCUGAUUAAUUAAUGUUUCUUAUUAAAACUCACUAAAACGGAGUGUAUGUGUGUAUGUAUAUAGAUAAUAUAUUUGCAGAAAUUAUAGCAGAUAAAUAUAAAAACCGAUGCAUUAUCAAUCAAAGUUUUAUAUAGACAUUGCUGAUUUCGAUAUGUGUAAAAAACAAAUUGCAUAUAUAGUGAAGACAAGCAGCCUUGUUACAAUUACCUCAUUUGUAUUGCAAAUGUAACGUUGGUAAACCAAAUAAUAAUGACAAAAUAAUUGUGUACGUGAAGAAAUUUAUAAUAUAAUUAAGAUAAAAUAUAAUAAAAUACAUAUACAGUGUAUGCAUCUCAAUUACAGUGCAAUAUACUAUUUAUUUUGGACAUUAAAUGAAAAAAAAACUAUGAAAAAUGUAAACUUGAUGAUUAAAGGAAAGAAAUUGAGAGUAAUAUUAAAGAACAAAUUAAAAUUUAAUUUAGAACUGCAGAAAUAGUACUAAUAUGACAUUAAGAGAAGAUCAUCUAUUUCUUUAUUGCAUAUAUGUAAACAGAAUGAUAACAAGAGCAUCAAUUAAGAUGUGAAUAUGAAAGAAAAUAUAUAUAGUGACAUUUCUUAGGGGUCAUGCCCCCUGGGGCAAACAGUGGAACAGAGGGCUUGGGCCCGUCCUGUUCUGAGAUACAUAAUAGUCAAGAUCAUGCUGUAGCUAAGCUCACACCUCCUCUUACAUUUGUUCAACAAUGCUACAGACAUCUCAAGAGUUCCGGUAUUGGCGAGGCAAGCGUGUAUCAUGCAUUGGUUGUAAUAUUUUUGGAAUUCUUUGCGUGGGGAUUGUUAACCAUGCCUAUUAUUUCGGUACUGAAUGAAACAUUUCCGGAUCACACGUUCCUAAUGAAUGGCUUAAUAAUGGGAAUUAAAGGAAUCUUGUCUUUUCUUUCUGCGCCACUGAUCGGUGCUCUCUCUGAUGUAUGGGGUCGAAAAUUCUUUCUACUCAUCACAGUGGCCUUCACAUGUGCACCAAUUCCCUUAAUGAGCAUUAAUACAUGGUGGUUUUUUGCCAUGAUUUCUAUCAGUGGCGUAUUUGCUUGCACAUUUUCAGUAGUGUUUGCAUAUGUUGCGGAUGUAACAGAAGAGAAUCAAAGAUCGCUGGCAUAUGGUUUGGUAUCGGCAACUUUUGCUGCAAGUAUGGUGAUAAGUCCAGCUUUAGGUGCUUAUAUCAUGACAACAUAUGGAGAAAAUCUUGCCGUAGCAUUAGCAACAGCUAUCGCAGUGUUGGAUGUGUUUUUCAUAUUAGUGGCUGUACCUGAAAGUUUGCCUGAGAAAGCACGUCCACCAGCACCUAUAUCAUGGGAGCAAGCUGAUCCAUUUGCAGCUCUUGGAAAGGUUGGAAAAGACCAUACUAUUUUAAUGCUAUGCGUUACUGUGUUCCUGAGCUACCUUCCUGAAGCGGGACAAUAUAGUUGUAUAUUUGUUUACUUAAAACUGGCUAUGGGCUUCUCCGCUUUCAUGGUGGCUAUAUUUAUUGCGGUGGUGGGCAUUCUGAGUGUGGGAGCGCAGAUUAUAUUAGGACCCUUGAUGAGAACACUUGGCAGCAAACACACUAUAAUGCUUGGUCUGUUAUUUGAGAUGUUACAACUCAUGUGGUAUGGAUUCGGCUCAAAAAUGUGGAUGAUGUGGGCUGCGGGAGUGCUUGCUUCUGUAUCAAGCAUUACAUAUCCGGCAAUUUCCGCAUUUGUAUCCAUGCAUUCUGAUGCCGAUAAACAAGGAUUAGUACAAGGCAUGGUAACCGGGAUGCGUGGUCUCUGCAAUGGACUUGGUCCUGCUAUGUUCGGUGUCAUAUUCUAUCUUUUCCAUGUUGAUCUUAACGAUGAUACGCCCAAUCUUCCCUUAAAACCAUCAUUCUUGGAUGAAACCAACAGGACAGGAACGAGUACACAUCUAGAUAUAAUGCCUCAGGUACAUACAUUAUAUUUACAGCUUGUACCAGGGCCGCCGUUUGUAUUUGGUGCAUUACUCGUGAUUUGUGCGCUAUUGGUAGCUGCGUUUAUUCCCGAAUCAAAUACGAUGUCAACAGGAUCGUUGCAUCAUCCAUCUACUUCCCGGAGGCCCUCCGGUAAAUACGCAUAUCAGAAAUGUUUGUCUUUGGAUGUUCAGUACGAAGCAGACCGAGUGGGAAGUGGAAGAGGAAAAAUCGGUCCGCUAUCACCACUAGUCGAUAAUUGUAAUUCUGCCGCACUAUAGUGUCUAUUGAAACAAAAAAAGUGAGGCAAGCCAUAAUACUUGAUGAGAAUGUUCUAGCCAAGUGAUAAUACUCCAUCUUUAAUCGGAGAUGGAAAGGUCGUCGCUAUGAAGUGCACCUGACUCAAAUCGGGACUGCAAUAGAAUUGUCUAUAUUGUAUUAUACUAUUUGUUUAAGGCAGUAACUAAAGCUUGAUUUUAGAACUAUCGAUGGAACUUAAUGUUUAGGUUGUGACAAGUUUCCACAAGCAGUGCUUGUGCGAUAAUACGUGGGUUGAUCUCAAAGUCGAGUAUAAUCGUAUGACAAGCAUGUUAUGUUACAAAAGAAGAAAAAUGUUAAAUUAGCUCUUCCUUUUCAAGAUUUUUGCGCCGACUAUUAAAAAUCAGACGUAACGACAGCUUAUGCAAAGUAUCAGUGACUCCUAAUUUAUGCAGCUUGCCGACGGCACAAAACGGCACAUUAUAAAAGUUAUAAUCAGUAUUUUAUUAGACUUAUAACUUAAUAAUUCAGUGUUUACUUUUGAUGUCGUAUCUUUUCCUCUUGUGUAUUUCGAAUUUAUGUUACCACUUUUUAUAUCAAAUGCUAAUGUAAAUUGCAACGUAUUUUUGCAUCUCCAUACAUUUAUAGCGCUAGAAAUAGCUUUUACACAUUCCUUAUAAACAAUAAUUUUUGCACACGAAAAAAGAACAUUACAAUAAUUGAAGAGGAUAAAAAUUGUUUCAGUCACCUUUUCUUUUUGUAUAGAUGCGAUAUAGUGAUUACUUAUCCUUUUUGUAAGUCACCUGAUAUAAUUUAGCUGAUAUUUGUAGAUCAUGUAAUCCGUCUCUUUUUGCACAAAGUAUUUAUUUUAAUACGUAGAAAUUAUGAAUAUAACGAGAAAGGCCUCAACACAUUAGGAGCAGAUUAUAUAAAGUGAUAGUUUGUCUCAUUCUAAGGCAAUGAUAGACGUCAAUACUAUGAGUCAUAAAACUGUAUUAUUAAUCAUUAAUUGAAAAUUGAUAGUACUUUUAAAUUAUGCGUGUUAAAAUCGGAGUCAUUGAUGUUAAAACGACAAAGUUGUAUGAUAGAAUAGGGUCUUGUAUAUAUUAUACUUUAUUUCUAUUUUAUAAGAAUCAAGACCUUUAGGAAACAUCUGUUUUCUCGCAGUGGCAUUGAUUUUAAUAAUUUAAAUUAUCAUAGACACUCUAGUAUAUUUACGUAAGAAAAUUGAAUCAUUGCAAAAUAGCUUGUAGAAGACGAAAGCAAUUUUAAUUAUUAUACUGAAUUGAAUCUUAAAAUCAUUGUUUUCUUAAAAUCGAUUAAUCUCCAUUAAAACUAACGAGAGAUUAAUAAUAACAAACAUAAAUUAGUUGAGAAAUAACAAUUAAUCCAAAAAUUUCUGUAGAUACCCGCGUAUAAUAUGCAAUGCACUCCUACUUAAAAAUCUUUAGUUGUUUUCAUAUCUUGUAAAUUUUAAUAUUUUUUCGAAAAAGUUCA